GUGAUUAGCAGAGCUGCUUAGCACCACGCUUUAACGUCGCUUUUCUUGUGGUUUGGUGAUUUGUUGUCAGUAGUAAGUCAUAUAUUUUACUGCGACAUGAGUGUCUACUCUAUUGCACGCCGUCAUGGUGUGCCACAUAACAGACUUUAGCGACCACACAAGUGAACGGCGAUGGAUUUCCCCUCGAAAAACAUGUACGACACAUUUAAAGAUGAAAUCUGGAAAGAACUGGGACCACUGGACCCGGACUGGUUUGAAACUCUGACAGCUCAAACAUUCGGUAAUGAUGAAAAUGUCUCAGACCAAGAUGAUCUUUGUGCACACCAAGAAGCAAUCUUUAAAACACCUUUUGACAAAAGUGCCUUGGACAGUCAGCUGUUUUCAACGCCCAAAGUUUUUAGACAGAGACGAAUUGUGUCCCCUGAAGCAGAGAAUGAGCAGUCAUUCACUGCUGAACAAGAAACACAAAAGCUGUCAUGGGCAGCAACACAAAGUCCGUGUUUGUUUCAGACGUCCAAAGAGGGGAUCCCAGGUACACAGCAUGGCAGUGUCCAGCCUCAUACUUUGAACAGUUUCGGUUUGCUCCAAACACCACAAAAAUCUCCUACGAGCUAUGCAAAGCAGAUAUCUGAGAGUCUUGGUGCACAGAUAUAUCCUGAUAUAUCAUGGACCAGUUCUCUGAAUACCCCACCAGGAGCACCAUCCACCCUUAUUUUAACUAAAGCAGAUGAGAGUCCCUGCCCAGAGAGUAUCUCAGCAGACAAAAAUGUUGUUCUUGUGCGGAAGCUUUUCCCUUCACUUUCAAAUGCAUCUGGAGUUGGAGUGAUGUCACCAGAAAACACUGACAAGCCAGCUGUUCAAAGUUUUUGUUCACCUAAGACUGCUCAGAAUCCAGAGUCACCCAAGAGUCAACUGAAUGAGAUUGAUGGUGUUUGGAGGCAGAACGUUCGAGAUGCUACUGAGGAUGGAGAAACUUGCAGCGCAAUUGCAGAUGUUCCUGAUGGCGUGGAACAUGUUCCCUCUAUGUUUUUAACCAACAGUAGCUCAUCACUGAGAAAAGUCAAAAGUGACAGAACCAAAAGAAAACAAAUCACUCCAACAGAAGAGCCUGCUGAUAUCUCAGCAACAAACAAUUCUGCAUCCAGAGAACAAGGAACGGCUAACCAGGAACCUGGGGAACCUCUCUCCUCACCACCAAUAAAAGCUGGAGAUAAUGGCAUCACACAGUGGUCUCCACUGAGUCUGUCUGAAAUCCCGUCUUGCACUGCUACUUGCCAUGAUAAUAGCACUGCUACACGAGUCAAAAACAGUGUUUUAACAGAGCAGAAAGACUCUGAUUCUGGUGCACAGGUGAGGGCAUCCUUGAAUGUUACAGACUCUGGCUUUACCAAGAAAAAGAGAAGAUUUAUUUACACUGUUAAGACUCCAAAACAACCAGAGAUGAAAGAACAACAUCAAGAAAAGGAAACACAGUCUCAGGUGGUGGUCUCAUCACACAAGAUUCCUGAUUCAGGUCAAGAUGUGAGUGUAAAGGAGUUGGGAAAAGCCCCAGAUGAAGCAAACUGCAGCAGCACAGAGAUGAAUUUGUUGCCAAAACAAGAAAAUCUUCCUAAAGAAAAUCUACCUCCUCCUGUUCAAGCUGAAGUCCAUGACCUUGACAUGUCGCAGCUUUGCAGGGAUUUUGCACAAGACUUCAGUGACAUGUCUGACCCUGGUCAACUGAAUAAAGAAGAAGAGGAUCUCCCUCGAGAAGUCUUUUCUCCAUCAGCUUGUCUGUCAGCGAUGAAACAAGCUGAACAGAGAGCAAGGCAAACAAACAUUCACCAUGACUGUGAUGGCUUUACGAACAGAGGACAUAUUUCUGCUACGGUUCAACCUAACCCCAUCAAUGAGGUCACAGUCAGUGACAGUGGGUUUCAGUCUGCUGUAACAGAUAUCAGCCACAUGACAGCUUCAUCAUUUGUUGUUCCCAGCUCAGAGAAUAAUGGUCAGACUCAACAGUGGUCUUGCUUUAAAACUGAUCGAUCUACUACUUCUCUAUCUACAGAGAAAGGAGAUAGAAAAGUGCAUUUGGAUAAUAUUUUACGAGAAGCUGGAGCUUAUGCCAGUCUAUCAAGGCAAAGAGAUGAGACUGUGUGUCCUGGUAGAGAGGAUGAGCUGCACAUAGAGAGCACAUCAAUGUUAUUACCCAGCAGGGCAAAAAGAACUGUCAAUAAUAUUGAUUGCAUGCCACUUAAUCGUCAAAUUCGUGGCUGUCUGCCAGAGAAAACCUUGCUUCCCCCUCCGUCCAUUUAUGCAUCAGGAUUCAAAACCGCUUCAAACAAGGGAAUACAGAUUUCGUCUGCCAACCUGCAAAGAGCUAAGUGUCUGUUUGAAGAAACUGAAGGGACCUUUAGUGAUCAGAUGACAAACUGUGCACAUGAGACUAAAAAUGAAACUCGACUGAGUCAUGGAUCAGUAAAAAAAUCAGCUUCCUAUUCAAAUCAGCCACCAUCUUCAGAUGAGAAAUUAGCUGAUAGAAGUAACCAGUUAACAGCUUCGCAGAGAGCUGAUGUGUCAGAGCUGUGCACUCUCCUGGAAGAAGCAGACAGUCAGUUUGACCUGACACCACUGAAAACUGCAAAGAUAAAACAAGACUGUGAGGAUAAUACCACCUCUCCUCACAAAGUUGACAAGGACCUUGAGCCUGAUUUCCUUGCAGGUAUAGACUUUGAUGAUAGCUUUAGUUUGGAUCCUGUAAAGCACCAGGCAGCCAGUGCGAUGCAUGACAAAAUAGCACCUGUUUCAGAAGGUGAAAGAGGUUGUGAAACCUCCAACAUCACAGGAAAAUCAACUAGUUUGUCAUUGUCAUUGCAAAUCAUGGAAGAAAAGUCCCCUGGCGCAGACGGUAGUAGCGUUACAUCAGCUAAACUCACAAAUCUGGACACUGAAACAAACAAACUGAAGGACAACAAUACUUUGAUGCUCGGUGUGGGAUUUAAGACUGCAGGAGGAAAUGUUUUGAGGGUUUCAAAAAAAUAUCUGAGCAAAGCUAGAGCUUUGUUUGCAGAUUUAGAGGAAAGUCAGAAUCCACCUGCCAAGCUAAACAGUGACACUGAUGCUAAAGUGAAGCUUAAGCAGAGUGGGGAUAAUCUCACUGGAAACGUUUUGAAUCAUGAGAAGGAGAAAGAUAAUGCAAGGUUUACGUCUUAUGGAAAUGAUCCUUGUGGCAGGAUUCAGGAAUGUAUUUCCAACAAGAAGGAGACUUUGUGUUCAGGGGAAAAGAUCGAUGACAUCAGAGAUAAAGAUGCAACAAGAAGUUUUACGAACAACAACAUGGACACAAACUCAUUUCUCGGUGGGUUCCAAAUGGCCAGUGCUAAAAGAGUUUCUGUUUCAGCAAAAGCAAUGCAAGAGGCAGAUGCUCUCUUCAAAGACUGUGACACUAUUGAUUGCAACGCUGGCAUGUCUGCAAAGCCAAGAAAGAAUAUUGAUCCCUCGUCUGGAGGUGUCAAAAGUUUAGGUCAUAAGGAUUCACCAGCUUUAACAAAUACAGCUGCCCUCCUGUCUGCACAAACGCUUUCAUCUCUCUCGCCAAAGAAUAUCGGCUCCUCUGAUGUUGAUGAAUUGAGCGCUUUUGGCGGAUUCUGUACAGCAAGAGGGGAGAAAGUGAUUGUGUCAGCUGAGGGGAUGAAGAAAGCAGAGCGUCUUUUGACUGAAGAUCAUACACCAAGCAAACAAGUGAAAGAAAAGGACAAUUCAAGGACUGUGAAUCAAACUCAGGUUACAAUGCCAAGUAAUGGUGGAUUUCAUACCGCCAGUGGUAAAGGUGUCGCCGUAUCAUCUGCUGCUCUCAAGAAAGCAAAGACGUUGUUUAAUGACUGUGAUGAAAUUGAAAAUAAUGGUGCUAAACCAACUCAUUCUAAGGUACAAGUUCCUCAGACAGCACCCAGGAGAGGUGGAUUUCUUGCAGCCAGUGGUAAACAAGUGGCAUUUUCAGCUGAGGCCCUCCAGAAGGCAAAAGCCCUCUUCAGCGACAUCAGUGAGAGGAAUCCAUCUGUUUCAGACACAAGAAACCAAAACAAAGAAGACAAGAUUGAAGAUGCUGAGAAAGUACAUUGUGGGUUUUCAACUGCAGGGGGAGCAAGAGUUCAUGUGUCAAAGAAAAAUCUGCAGAGAGCUAAAAAUCUUCUAAAAGAUUUUGAAGAUGAUCCUAUUUCAGCAAAAGAGAUGCAAGAAGUAGAUGAAUUUUUCAAUGACUGUGAAGUGACAGACAAUAACAAUGCCAGUUCAAAGGAAUACAAAAGUAUAACACCUUUGAGUGAAAGUGACAAAAAGAAGACAAAUCUUACAGAGAAUAAUGGUAGAAUGGCUGCUAACAUUUCUGAAAAGUCUGGAAAUGGAUGGGCUCGACCUGUUAAUGUGAAACAAGCUACAGACCUUGAAAAGAAGGGUCCUCUGGAUAGUGUAGAGCUUAACAAAGGAUGUCACAAAAACGCACUGGAUUCUGCAAAUGGACCUUCUUUACAUGGAAACCCAGCUUUAAUGACAAAGCCUCUUUCAUCCCCAUUAUGCACAACAUCAAAGAACUCUGGUUUCUCUGCCAUUAAUGAACUGAGCACUGCUGAUGGGUUCUGCACAGCAAGUGGGAAAAAAGUAUUUGUGUCUGAUGAUGCACUGACAAAAGCAAAGUCUCUUUUACAUGAAAGUGCAACAUGUGAGGAAACGAACCAGUUAGAUCAAAAAGAAGACAUUGUGCCACCUCAGAAUGGGGGCUUUCAGACGGCCAGUGGCAGAGGGGUUGUCAUCUCAUCUGCAGCUCUUAAGAAAGCGAAAUCUCUGCUCAAUGAUCGUGAUGAAGUUGAGGAUAAAAGUGAGAAACCAACACAUUUCAAAAUGCCGUAUCCUGGUCAACCACCCAGGAGUGGGCGGUUUCUAUCAGCUGGUGGUAAGCGUGUGGCAUUUUCAUCCCAAGCCCUUAAAAAGGCAAAGGCUCUCUUCAGUGACAUGGAGUUUACUGCAGAGAAAUCAGCAGGUUCAGACUCACAGACCAGUGACAAGAAAGGAUCUGAAAGUGUAGAGAAAAUUCAUUUUGGUUUCACAACUGCAGGGGGAGCAAAAGUCCAUGUUUUAGAGAAGAAUUUGUUGAAAGCAAAGAACCUUUUUGAAGAGAUUGCAGAUGAGGACCUUCAUUAUUCCAAGUCAACAGGCCAAAAUGACUGCCAUAAAUCAGAGCUACCAAAAGUGGAAGAUUUGAAAAGAGCUUCUUGUCUCACUACAGCCAGGUACAGGGAAACACCUACCGAGGUGGGUGGCCAUCAAGUUGACAAGACUUCAACAUUGCAAAAGACUGAGCAUAAAAAUAAAACCCUUCAUCAUUCAAGUUUAACCUCAAGCAAAUGUGCUACCAAUGCGUCUGAGUCUAAGAAAGAAGAUAUGUCACCAUCCAGUGUGUGCAACCUCCAUGAUAGCCUGAGUGAGGAAAUGUUUAGUAUGCUGGACCAGGAAAUGAAUGCAAUAAAAAGCAAUGAGGGGUCAAAGACUGAAAGGACAGAUGAGCAGUCACUUCUUGUCUUAGAGUCAUUUAACCUCAGCGGAUGCACUGAAACCCAGCAGAAGCUUCUCGCACAAGAAGCUCUGGACUGCACUAAGGCUUUGUUAGAGGAUGAAAGUCUGGCUGGCCAAAGUCUAUCAGGGACUGAAGAAAAUGUGGAACCUGAAGACAAUCAAAAACCAAGCAGCAGAUCUGCAGAGGAACACAAAGGAAAAGGAAAAAGGCCCAUAGAGGACUCGGAUAUUACAGGUCAACCUCCUCUGAAGAGACGAUUACUGGAAGAGUUCAACGGGGCUGUUGAUGGUUCAAAAGUUUCAUCACUUAACCCAGAAAUUAGCAGCCCAGCUGGUUUAAUGAAAGACAGGAGAGCUUUCAAGUACAGGGACUGUCUUCAACCAAAUAUCACAACACCACUCAGAAAUGAAAAGCAGUACAUGGAAAGCAGAUUACAAAAGAAGGCAUCAACACAACACUCAGCCCCGGAAGGCGGCAGGUCCACAUUUGUUCCUCCAUUCCUCAAGAAUGUAAAAACAGAGAGCCGCAAGAAUGCAGCACUCAAGGACGACAUAAGAACUCCACCCGCAUUUGUUCCUCCAUUCAAAAAACAAAGAACUAUUGUACAAGAAAGCUCCUCUAAACCACAAAAGGAGGGGGAUAAACACUGCAGUGUCUCUGUAAUGCCUGCUAACAGCAGCGCUUACAUACCGCCCACUAAGAAAACACAAAGCAGUGCAGAAAGGACUGCUAAUGAAAGCAAAGAAAACAAUCAGAUGCUGGCCUUGGAGGAAAGUACAAAUGAUAACCAGAUAAAUAAUCAAAAGCUUCUUGUUGGCUGUGCAUCAGAAAACUCUGCUGCAGAGACAUCACAUGCAGAGGCCAUGUCUGGAAGCCAAGAAAUGUUGCAGAAUCUUCACAACAUAGAGCUUGCACAAGAUAUGCAAGACAUGAGGAUCAGGAAGAAGAAGCGUCAGACUAUUCGACCUUUGCCCGGCAGUUUGUUCUUAACCAAAACCUCAGGAGUUCCAAGGAUAAAAUUAAGAGCGGAAAUGAAAGGAAAACCUCCAGGAAGAUACACUAAAAAGCAGCUGUAUGAAUCUGGAGUUCAUCAGCAUGUGUGUGAAAUCACCGGUGAGACUGCAGAAUCAUUUUGCUUCAGGUUGCAGCACUUUAUCAAGCAGGAAGCAUUUAUAGAUGGAGGUGGUAUACAGCUCGCUGAUGGAGGAUGGCUUAUCCCCAGCAAUGAUGGGACUGCAGGGAAACAGGAGUUUUACAGAGCAUUGCUUGAUUCCCCUGGUGUGGAUCCUAAGCUGAUCAGUGAGGAGUGGGUCUAUAACCACUACAGAUGGAUUGUGUGGAAGCAGGCGUCCAUGGAGAGAUCAUUUCCUGAAACAAUGGGGGGCCUCUGUCUCACCCCAGAACAGGUUCUCCUUCAACUUAAGUACAGGUAUGAUGUCGAGGUGGAUCACAGCUGCAGGCCAGCUCUGAGAAAAAUCAUGGAAAAAGAUGACACAUCAGCCAAAACUCUCGUCCUCUGUGUAUGCGGAGUUGUCUCCGGGGGUCACUCAAGAAGACAAAAUUUCAGUGACGCUAAAAUGCCACAAGGUGGCGACACCAAGCUUCAGACUCCAUGUGCAGUUGUUUGGCUGACAGAUGGAUGGUAUUCCAUUAAAGCACAGCUGGAUGAGCCUUUGACUGCCAUGUUUCACAAAGGUCGGCUGGCUGUGGGGGGGAAGUUGAUCAUCCAUGGGGCUCAGCUGGUGGGAUCACAGGAUGCCUGCUCCCCUCUGGAAGCUCCUGAAUCUCUCAUGUUGAAGGUUUGUGCCAAUAGCAGCCGACCUGCACGCUGGGAUACAAAGCUCGGGUUUCACAGGGAUCCACGUCCGUUCCUUCUUCCUGUUUCCUCUUUGUACUGCAAUGGAGGACCAGUAGGAUGUGUGGACAUCAUCAUACUAAGGAGCUACCCCAUACAGUGGAUGGAGAGGAAACCAGAUGGAGGCGUUGUGUUUCGUUCUGAUCGAGCUGAAGAGAAGGAGGCGAGACGAUUCAACAGCAACAAGCAAAAAGCCAUGGAGAUCCUAUUUGCCAAGAUUCAGGCUGAUUUUGAAAAUGAGGAGAAAGGUAAGAGCAAACCUCGACGUAGACGACGGACGAUCAGUCGCCAGGGUAUCGCAAGUCUUCAAGACGGAGAGGAGCUCUAUGAGGCAGUAGAGGAAGACCCAGCUUACCUUGAGGCUCAUUUGAGUGACCAGCAGUUGGAGACUUUACAUGCAUACAAGCGUUCUCUGAUGGAGAGGAAGCAGGCUGAGCUGCAGGAUCGGUACAGACGAGCUUUGGAAAAUGCAGAGAACAGUGAAGGCAGCUGUCCAAAGAGAGACGUUACUCCUGUAUGGAGGCUCUGCUUUGCUGACUCUGUUGGGCAAACUGGCAGCAUUUAUCAGUUAAAUCUUUGGCGACCUACCUCUGAUCAUCAGUCUUUACUAAAGGAAGGAUGUCGAUACAAAGUCUACAACCUCACUCCCUCAGAAGGAAAGAAACUUGGUGGUAAUACAGGUGUUCAGCUGACCGGCACAAAGAAGACUCAGUUUCAGGAUCUACAGUCUUCCCCAGAUUGGUUGUCAGCACGUUUUCAACCAAGAGUCUCCACCCACUUUGUGGAUCUUCAAAACCCAGAAUACCAUCCGCUGUGUGGAGAGGUCGACCUGACAGGAUUUGUCAUCAGUGUCAUCGAUGGGCAGGGCUCCUCUCCUGCAUUUUAUUUGGCUGAUGGGAAACUGGACAUUGUUAAAGUUCGAUGUUUCAGCAGUUUUGCUCAGUCCGGUUUGGAGGAUUUGGUGAAACCCCGCAUUCUGUUGGCUUUGAGCAAUCUGCAGCUGAGAGGACAGUCCACACAUCCUAUGCCUGUGGUGUACGCUGGAGAUCUGACCGCCUUCUCAACAAACCCCAAAGAGGUUCAUCUAAAGGAGUCCAUCAGCCAAAUCAGACAUCUGGUGCAGGGCCAGGAGAACUUCUUUGUUACUGCUGAGGAAAAACUGUCACAGUUACUCAGAUCUGAUGGGCCACACUCCAUCUCCUCUCCAGCCCUGCAUACACGAACCCCGGCCUCUACUGCAGACAGAAGACAAGGCACAAAGACAAAUGUGGCUGUGCAGCAUCAAGUCAGAAGUCUUGGGUCCUUCACACCCGUCGGCAGGAACCCUCCUUCAUCAAACUGUUCGACAGAGAAGGACCCCACCAGUCUGAAGAGGAAGAGAGCUCUGGACUACCUGUCUCGUAUCCCAUCUCCUCCUCCUCUUUCCCUUCUGGGCUCAGUGUCCUCCCCGUGUGUAAAUAAAACAUUUAAUCCCCCUCGGAGGUCUGGAACACCAAGCACUUUAAAAACUGUGCAGACUCCAGCUCGCAAACCAGUCCGCCCACCAGUGGAGGAGGAGUGGGUGAAUGACGAGGAACUGGCUAUGAUUGACACUCAGGCGCUGCUUGCUGGUGACUAGGCACAUUUUAUUGUACAAAGACGAGCACAAAACAUCAUUAUAAAUAAUUGUACAAAUGAAUGUAAGUGUGGCUGCUGUGGCACAUACUGUGUUGUUUUUAGUCCUA